AUGGAAACGAAAACUAUAGUUCUUUUUGGACUUUCUGGACAUGGCAAGUCUUCUAUAGCUAAUAUGCUAGUUUAUGGCAAUAUUCCUAAUGACCCGAAAAAUAUCUUUCCAGUUAAUGAUUCAGCAAUCGGAGAAGAUAUUGGUGAUAUUGGAAUACAAUGUGCCCUCUCCGAAAUAGGAAAUUAUGUUGUAUAUGAUACUGCCGGUUUAGGUGAGACAGAUUCGAGCAAAUAUCCGCAUAACGAUGUCGUCAGAAAAUUACGAAGUUAUUUCUCGGAGACCCAGAUAUCGCUCAACUAUAUAUGUUAUAUUAAAAAGCAGGGUAGAAAUCAAAACGAAGAUAUCAGAGCGUUCGAAAUCUUCAAAGAAAUUUUUAAGGGAGGCGAGCGCAAUUUUAUUAUCAUAAUUACCCAUAGUUCACAAGAAUGGGUCAAUGAAAAUAAAAAAGCAUUGAAAAAAGUUUUUGGGAAUUACGAUUAUAUUAAAUUUAUUGGAGUCGACUUCCCCUUUGAUAGAAAUAGUGAUAAUGAAUCAAUGAGAAUUCAAAGGGAAACAAGUAAAAAUCAUUUACUUAGUAAUUUAUCAUUUUUAGAUUACAAAGGAAUUAGUGUUAUGAACAAUAGUCUUUUCCAAUUAAGAGAGGAAGGAGUUGCAAAAGUUGUGAGUUUAGUGCCAGUAGUUGGUACAACGUAUAAUAUUAUCGCUUCUGGUAUAUAUUAUGCAGUAGGAAAGCCAACAACUGCAAAAAAGCGAAUUUCAGAUGGUAGUAAAAGUUUACUUAGUGAUUUAGCUCUUAUUCCAUUGAUCAAUAUUCUCAAGAGAGUUACCGAACGAAAUGUGGAAGAUGGAAGCAAAAUUAUCUUUAAUUGUGAUAUCAGAAUAAGAGAAAUUAUGGUAAUUCCAACUUUCUGGUUAAACCAAGAAAGCUUAGAAUGGUUUAAAGCCCCAAAAACAUCUCCUCCAUCUAUGGAGACCCUUAACAAAUAUAAUGAAAAAAGCCUUUGCUGCCUAUUGACCUAA